AUGGGCUUCUUCAGCUCCAAGCCAAAGCAGCAAAAGCUGUCCAAGUCCAACCUCAAACCCGCUUCACUGACAUCACCUCCCAACGUCUACACAUCUCCUGCACCUCAACCAAAACCAUCACGAAUCAACAUCCAUCACCCAGCUACUUCGCAACCGCAUUUCAAUCACAGCGCCUCCUCCUAUCAUCUCCCAGCUCCACCAGCUUACACUCCCACGCCGCAAUAUCAAUCCAGCCCACCUCGCCAAGAUGCAUUCAACCUCGGCCGCUUCUCAAACUCCAUGGUCGACCUCGCGCAAGACCUGAUACCUACCAAUACCGCUGCGCUACGUAAACAACUCGCUUCGUCUACAAACGUCGCAUCCGCAGCGUACGAUGAUAUCCGCACCCGCUUCGACAGCGUCAUGACGCUCAUAGAUUGCGAAAGUCUCUCCGGCCACGAGAAGAGUCUCUUCCUGUGUCAAGAGCCCACUCCCCAGAAUAGUCUCGUCCCAUACAACCCCCAACCUCCAAUAGAGCCAGCUGAAAAUACAGACCGGGCACUGGGAUUCGGAAAGAAGCGCUCUGGCGAUCAGAAGAAAAAGGCACAGUCUUCGCAAACAGCCCAUGUCGCGGCGUCAGUUGUAUCCGGAAACUAUUUCUCCAAGGUCGAACUAUACGCCAACUCCAAACUACCCAUGAAUCUACCCCCUCUCCGUCUAUACAUGGCAACAUGGCCGCUCCUCUGCCUAGCUGCCCAAUACUCCCAUAACGUCUACACAACCCCCCAAGCCCACGAACUAAACACCUACAUCCCUUCCUCCCUCCGCAACAACACCAAAGCCAUGCGCAUCAAAUCCGUUUCCAUGGACCACGCACACACCAUUGUCUUUGCCAUUCGCGGCACCGCUUCCUUCUCCGACUGGGCCGUCAACCUCAACAUGGCGCCUUCAGCACCCACAAACUUCCUCGACGACGAGGGCAACUACUGCCACGCGGGCUUCCUCUCCGUGGCUCGCAAAAUGGUCAAACCCGUUGCCGUAAGACUACGACAGCUGCUGGAAGAAGAUCCCGGAAGAGCAGGCUACUCGCUCCUCAUGACGGGCCAUUCUGCCGGCGGCGCAAUAGCAGCCCUGCUGUACAGCCACAUGCUAAGUCGGAUCGACAGCGAAUUGACUCUGCUGGCUGGAUGUUUCAAGCGCAUACACUGCGUCACGUUUGGCGCGCCGCCCAUAAGCCUCCUGCCAUUAGAGACACCGAAGAGGAAGGAACUGAAAAGGAGCCUCUUUCUAAGCUUCAUCAACGAAGGGGACCCUGUGGCCCGCGCAUCAAAGUCCUACGUCCGGUCGCUUAUUGAGCUGCUGACCAACCCGCCACCAAAGUCUGCAUCUUCAAAGGACAGGAAAUACCGUAGACCAGAGUGGAAAGUCCCGCCUUCAACACUCAGCAACGCCGGGAGGAUAGUUGUUCUGCGGACAGGAGAUCCUCAUGCCAUAGCGACGGAUUACAAGACCGUCAGGGAGAGAUUGGAGGAAGGCGUCGUGGCAGUGACGUGUAGGGAGGACCAGUUAAGGGGUGUGAUUUGGGGGGAUCCGGUGGCGCAUAUGAUGAGUUUGUACGCUGGGAGGAUAGAAGUUUUGGCCGUGGGGGCAGUGACGCUGAAGAGGAGGUGA